AUGCCACCAAAACAUGCUGUCAAGGAAGUCGAUGAGCACGCUGCUCGCUUAGUCCCCGAGGACAAUGUCGUCAUCCAGACGCAAAAGCCAUUCACCACCCUAUCAGCCAUUGGCAUCGGAUAUGGAGUCACCAACACGGCCGUCGGUAUCCCACUCAUUCUGAGCACAGCCAUGCCCAUGGGGGGCUCGCCCCAGGUCUUCUGGGGUUUCCUGGUCAUGGCGGGAGUCGGGCUGGCUACAGCAACGACUCUCGCCGAGCUGGUGUCCGCGAUGCCUCAUCCCGGCGGCCAGUACGUAUGGGUCAACAAGCUGGCACCAAAGAGGCAUCGCCGGGGCCUGUCCUAUACUGCGGCAAUGAUUAGUUGGAUUGCCGCCAUUGCCACCGGCUCCUCCGGCAACCUCUCCGUUCCCCUGAACGCCUUUUCUAUCGUUGCGUUUCUCCAGCCCGGAUUCAUCUACCAGCGAUGGAUGGGGUUCGUGGCCUUUCAGGUCAUCAACAUAGUAACCUGCUUUGGCGCCUGCUUCGAGCACGUGCUGCCGCGGCUGUCCAAGGCCUUUUUGCUCUUCAAUGUCGUCUCCGUGGGUGUCAUCAUCAUGACCUUGUUCGCCAUGGCCAACACCCGCACGAGCGCCAAAGACUUCUUUACAACUGUGAACACCUCCGGGUGGCCUGACGGUGUGGCCUUCAUCAUCGGCCUGAAUGGACCAAACUGGUGCUUCUCGUGCCUGGAUGUUGUGACACACCUGGCCGAGGAGAUGCCCUCUCCCGGCACGAAUAUCCCCAAAGCGUUGAUAUGGACCAUCUUCAUAGCAUCCACCAGCGGCCUUUUGGUCGUCUUGGCGGUUCUAGUCAACCUCGGCCCCGUGGAUGUCGGUGACUACUCGGGGAUUGGCAUCUUCAACCGCAUCACGGGCAACAAGGCUGCUGCCAUUGGCCUUUGGGUCCCUGUUCUCAUUCUUGUCCUGGCAUCCGUCUGGUCCAUCCAGACCUGGCAGUCUCGGCUUGCGUGGACAAUCAGUCGAGAGUCUGGCUUUCCGCUGCACCGUCACUUUAGCAAGAUUUUCCCAGCGCCCUUCUACACCCCCAUCUGGUCCCUGGUGGGCUCUGCCGUCGGCACGGCCCUGUUUGGUUGUCUCUAUCUCGCCUCUGAACUGGCCUUCAACUCGCUCAUUGCAACUGGCAUUCUACUCCAGUACGUCAGCUACAGCAUCCCUACUGUCCUAGUUUUGUGGCAAGGCCGAUCCAACUUUCGGCAUGGCCAGUUUUGGUAUCCCAAGCUGGGGCUCGUUGCAAAUCUCGUAAUGCUUGCAUGGACGGUGGUGGCUUUUAUUUUCUAUUGCUUUCCUGCUACUGCACAAGUACGUCCAAGCCAGAUGAAUUAUGUUUCGGGAGUUCUUGUCGCCAUUGCCAUGUUUAUUGCUGCGCUUUGGUUUCUCUAUGCCAAGAAGAACUAUAGGGUCAUGGAGAUUUAG